AUGGUUGGUUGUGUGUACAAUGUGAUAUCCAAGGUGCUGGUCAGGAGGAUGAGAGCAGUGAUGACAGGGCUGGUUGGGGAGACUCAGAGUGCGUUUGUCAAAGGUCGCAAAAUACAUGACGGGGCACUCAUUGCGUGUGAAACAGUGCAUUGGCUCAAAUUAAGAAAAAAGGAGGCAGCAAUUAUCAAGCUAGACUUUCAGAAGGCAUAUGAUAGAGUUAAGUGGAGCUUUGUAGACAUUGUCCUACAGAAAAUGGGGUUUGGUAGCCGAUGGAGGGCUUGGGUUAUGGAAUGUGUGGGCACAGCGUCUAUAAUAAUUGGUGAGGCAGUUAGAAACGGCCGUAUUUCUUCUCUAUUGGUUGGGGGGGACAACAUAGAAUUAUCGCAUAUUCAGUUCGCAAAUGACACUAUUUUGUUCUGUCCGCCUGAGGAGGAGUCUGUCAAAAACUACAAGAGACUGCUACGUUGCUUUGAGCUGAUGUCGGGAUUGAGCAUUAAUUUUGACAAAUCCAGUCUAAUUCCAAUCAAUUGUGACCAACAAUGGGUGGUUCGUAUGUGCAGAUUGUUAGAGUGCAAGGAAGCUACAUUACCAGUUAGAUACCUUGGAAUUCCGUUAAGUGCUAAUCCGAGAUUGGUGAAGACUUGGAAGCCAAUAAUAAAUAAGGUGGAAGAGAAACUAAGCUUAUAG